UGCACAAAAUGCUCUAUUUUUAACUUUUCAGAACUGUAUAAGUACCUUCACUACUUGUGUCUUAAAUCAUCACCAUUACCAUCACCUUCACCUUCAACAUCAUAUUAAUGGCAAGCAUCAAGGUUUUCGGACACGCUACUACCACUUCCACCAGGAGAGUCCUCCUCACUCUACAAGAGAAAAACCUCGACUAUGAGCUCGUCAACGUUGAGCUCAAGGACGGUGAGCACAAGAAAGAGCCUUUCCUCUCCCGCAACCCUUUUGGUCAAGUUCCAGCCUUUGAAGAUGGAGACCUCAAGCUCUUUGAAUCAAGAGCUAUUACUCAGUACAUAGCUCACCGAUACAAAGACCAAGGAACCAACCUUCUCCCAGCUGACUCCAAGAAUAUAGCCCGCUAUGCGAUAAUGUCCAUUGGUAUGGAAGUAGAAGCUCACCAGUUCGACCCAGCAGCUUCAAAGCUUGCUUGGGAACAAUUGUUCAAGCACAUCUACGGCUUGACCACGGACAAAGCCGUUGUUGCAGAAGAAGAGGCUAAGUUAGCCAAGGUCCUUGAUGUCUACGAGGCUAGGCUCAAGGAGUUCAAGUAUUUGGCUGGUGAAACUUUUACUCUGACAGAUCUUCACCACAUUCCUGUGAUUCAAUACUUGCUUGGAACUCCCACCAAGAAGCUCUUCACCGAGCGUCCACGUGUCAACGAGUGGGUGGCUGAGAUCACCAAGAGGCCAGCUUCCCAGAAGAUCCUUCAGUGAGAAAAAUUUCUGAAAAUGAAAACACUCUGCUUCGGUCACAAUAAUAAUGCUCAGAGUAAAUAAUGAUGCCCACUUUCUCAGUACUCUGUUUUGUCUUUCUGGUGUGUCCUCUGUUUUUAUUGUCAGUUAUAUGUAAGUUUCCGUUCUCGAGAGAUCUUUGUUGAAUCAAUAUAAUCUUCAAGA